GUUACAGCAGCGGUACGAGAAGCAGCGGCGUGCUUUCGCAGCAGCAAAACUUCUUCAGCAGCGGAGGCGCAGAAGGUGCUGUGUGGCAGUUUCAGCUGGAUUUACAAAAUUACACUAGCACGUCUAGUAGCAGCUGAUCUCCAAACUUUUGUCCUGGAGUUCCGACUUUGAACGGCUUUAAAUUAAAGCGGUUUUUAGUAAGCAGAGGCACAAAAAAAUUGUACGAGAAGUGCUCGAAACACAUCACUACCAGUGUGUGCUACUCUACUACCAAAUUCGUGCGAAGUGUAUUUUGAACGUGUAUGUGUGUUAGUGAGUGUAGGAAAACCCCCUUGUCGAUAGUGUGUGCGCAUCUUUAAUCUAUCCAAGUAGACCUGUUCGGGACAACGACACUUCAUUUUGUGAUAGAAAUUCAACGUAGUCGGUAGCUAAAUUAAUCCCAGUGAAAUCUCGUAGGUGUGUUGUGGAAUAAAUUAAAAUCACCCCACUGGCUAGUUCGGUUUUCAACGCGUUUGUGAAGUGACACUUAUUUGUUUUUCGCACUCUUUUCCCCAUUGUGUACCAAGCUUGUGAACAAUCUCAAAAUGGCCCUCCGUGUAGUUGGUCUGCUGAUACGCCAGGAGCUGUCCGGUCUGGCUAGUAAACCGUCGAUGCGCAUGAUCAGCACCAGCCGUGGACCGAACUGUGCCAAGAUCCUGGAGCAUUCGCCGAAUGCGUGCCUGAACAAAACGCUCCUGGAUCGCUACACCCGCCUAAGGUACGACCCCAAGUAUGUGCAGGCCACCUACGUAUGGAUCGACGGUACCGGCGAGAACGUGCGGCUGAAGGAUCGCGUCCUCGACUAUGUGCCGAAGAAGCCGGAGGAUGUGCCGGACUGGCAGUAUGAUGGCAGCUCCACGUAUCAGGCGCUCGGUGGUAACUCGGACAUGAAGCUGGUGCCCCGGGCACUGUACAAGGAUCCGUUCAAGGCUGGCCAGAAUGAUGUGAUCGUGCUGUGCGAUACGUACCAGCCGGAUGGUGCACCGACCGCUUCGAACCAUCGUGCCGCCAUGCAGGAUGCGUACAACCGCACCAAGGAUUUGGAGCCGUGGUUCGGUAUUGAACAGGAGUACACCUUCCUGGACAUUGAUGGACGUCCGCUCGGAUGGCCGGUUGGUGGAUUCCCUGGACCGCAGGGUCCUUACUAUUGCGCCGCCGGUGCUCAGAAUGUGGUGGCACGGGAUAUUGCUGAGGCCCAUGCCGUGGCAUGUCUGUACGCGGGCGUACAGUUCGCCGGUACCAACGCGGAAGUAAUGCCGGCCCAGUGGGAAUACCAGGUCGGACCGGCUCUGGGUAUGAAGUGUGCCGAUGAUCUGUGGAUGUCUCGGUACAUCCUGUGGCGCAUUGCCGAAGAUUACGGCGUGGUAGUUACGUUCGACCCGAAACCGAUGGAGGGCAACUGGAACGGUGCCGGUGGACACUGCAACUUCUCCACGAAGCCGAUGCGUGCCGAGAACGGCAUCAAGGCGAUCGAGCAGGCGAUCGAGAAGCUGUCGAAGAAGCACGAUAAGCACAUCAAGGCGUACGAUCCGCGCGGAGGAAAGGACAACGAGCGCCGACUGGUCGGACGCUUGGAGACGUCUUCGAUCGACAAGUUCAGCUGGGGCGUUGCGGAUCGUGGUACCUCUGUGCGCAUUCCACGUGGUGUAGCCGACGCCAAGAAGGGCUAUCUGGAGGAUCGUCGUCCGAGCUCGAACUGUGACCCUUAUGCAGUUUGCAAUGCCAUCCUUACUACCUGCCUGUUGGACGAAUAGGCGGUCUGGCGUGGAGGUGAACAAGAAAGACACUCUCUCCCUUAAUACCCCCCCUGCUCAUCAUCCCCUUCCAUUGGCUAACCCACCGCUGCUCCUGAAAGAUGACGCAAUGAUGCCAACACAGAAUGAAUAAUCGAAAAGCCUGCUAAUAUAGACGAGCGGUGUGAGACCGUGCCAGUAGAACAUGCAAGCGACACAGCACUCAGCGGAUGGACUGGAGAAGCACAAAAUUAUAUGUAUACGUUGUUAUUAUUCCUUUUACCCCUUGCUUGCCGAAGGACAUUACUAAAUGUGCAGUUAUGUUUCUAUAUGGGUCAUGACCUCAAGAAAAAAUACCCAUUCAAUGUGGAAAAAGCUUCCACUGGGAGAACUAGAGAGGGAGAAGCAGUAUGGAAUGCGUGCAACAUGUCAAGACUUUCACGAUGCGAACUCGAUGGACUGAUGAAGAUGAUAAUGGCGAAAGCGUUGGAGGUAAAAGUGCCCGUUUGGAAUAGCGUAUCAUAUUUGUGAGCUGCAAUUAUAAUGGCACCAGCUUUUAUAUACGAUGUGUCGUUUUGUUUUAUUGACAAGCAUGCAAACUCAGAGGUAUUUCUAUUUUACAAACGUGUAGAAGGAAUUGUACAAAGUUUUAGCAAGCGCUACGAGCUCUGCGCAAGGACAAGCGAAGCGGAAAGAUUUUAAGCGACUCACCCAGGGUUUAUUCCUUUUUGUUUUGUAUACGGGAAUGGUGCAUUUUUUUUUAUUUGUUUUGUUUUAACAACAGAAGCACGCUACAUUUACAUCAAUGGAGCUCGUUUUUAACUCAUUGACAGAAAAGGCGUCUUGCGAGAGGUACCGCGAUAUUUAAUCCCAAGGGACAGCAUGUGCAUUAUUUUGUGAGCAAGAAAUACAAUGAAUAGGAUGAGCCAGGGCAGGAACGAUACUAGCUUGAAAUGCAGAAGAAAUCAUCGCAAAUUCCGAUCCUCGUUAUCAAAUCGAAGGAACAUUAAACGCGUGAAAAUACUACUUUCGAGCAUAACUAACAGAAAGACAUGGAAUGAUUGUGAGUGUGUUUAAGUGUGCAAGGGACAGAGAAUAAGAGAGAGAUACAAAAGAUGAAAAUUAUCGUUAAAUUACUUGUUGUUUUAGAACGUAAGUCCAGUAUGAUGUGUAAGUGGUUGUACCAGAGAAGAAAAUACAAGAAAUCAAAUCUAAUAAAUCAAAUCAUCACUAAAUGAAACUGUC